GAAUUUAUACACCACACACCUACUUAUUUCAAUUAACACUAUCCCGAAUCCUAGGAGAGGUGUAAUUCGAAGGUAUCUCUGCCCUGUGGCAGGGAUACCAGUGAAUACAGCAAUUAUCGACCAUUAUCUUAUCACCGCAACACGCAUUAUACCGUAGACACAUUUGUAAACAAAUACUACUUAGUUACAAAUAAAUUUUUAACCGAGAUAGAGUAAGAAAUAAGAUACUUAAUGAAGUUUACAUAAGAUAAAACUUUUUGUAAGUAACAAUAAGUAGGUACUGAACUGAACAUAUUAUUCAAGUGUUUUAUGAUAAGUUUUUAUCAUAAACCUAAGUAAUUAUUGGAUAUUUUGUAAUAUUAUUAAUGCAUUAAUGGAUGCUGUGUUGUUGUUCAGUGUGUUAAAUAAUAAAAUAACUAUGAUCAAGUCUGUGAAAAUUGCGUCCAAGUUUGGUCAACAAUAUAGAUACGCAUCUCAGGUUCUGCCCCAGUUAUCUUCGGAAAAAUAUAAAAUAAUACGGAAAAAAUUCGCAACUGUACAAGAGACAGAUUUACAUUAUUUUAAACACACACUUGGCGAAAAUAGAGUAAUAUCAGAUGAAUCAGAUAUUCUUCCUUAUAAUAUCGACUGGGUAAAACAUUGUAGAGGUCAAUCGAAAGUGGUAUUGAAGCCUUCAACCGUGCAAGAGAUUUCCAAGAUAUUGUCAUACUGCAAUGAGAAACGUUUGGCGUUAUGUCCGCAAGGGGGAAACACUAGCGUGGUGGGGGGCGGGGUGCCGGUCUUUGAUGAAAUUGUUCUUAACUUGACCAAUAUGAACAAGAUCAUCAGUUUAGACGAUAUAUCAGGUGCGCUGAUAUGUGAAGCGGGGUGCGUCUUAGAGACACUGGACAACUUCGUUCGUGAACAUGGACUGAUCAUGCCGCUGGAUCUGGGCGCGAAAGGCACCUGUCAGAUUGGUGGCAAUGUCAGCACAAAUGCUGGAGGAUUACGAUUGCUGCGUUAUGGGAACUUACACGGAUCCAUAUUGGGGCUGGAAGCUGUAAGAGCAGAUGGAACUAUUGUUGACUGUCUCAAAGCUUUGAAGAAAGACAACACGGGGUAUCAUCUAAAGCACUUGUUUAUCGGAUCAGAGGGAACCCUAGGAGUCGUCACUAAAGUGGCUAUACACUGUCCGGCCCUUCCCAAAGCAGUUACCAUUGGUUUCUUUGGUGUUAAUAACUUCGAAAAUGUUCUGAAACUAUAUAAAAGUGCAAAGUCAUCGCUAGGAGAAAUUCUCUCUGCAUUCGAAAUGUGCGAUCAGGAAGCAAUCGAGAGUUCCGUAAAAUAUUUGAAUCAAAGACUACCGAUACCAGAAUUUCCGUUCUACGUGUUAAUUGAAACACACGGUAGCAACGACGCUCAUGAUGAAGAGAAGCUCAAUAAUUUUCUGAAGAAGGAGAUGGAUAAUGGGCUUAUUUUAGACGGAACCAUAACUUCAGAGCCGACCAAGAUGCAGUAUAUCUGGAGGUUCCGUGAGAGUAUACCAGCAGGUGACAUGAACGGCACUUUCAUGUACGCGUUCGAUGUUUCACUGCCUCAGAGUCAUUACUACGAGCUCGUACCGAUUCUGCGCGAGAAACUGGGUGAUAAAGUCUUGAAGGUCAGCGGCUUUGGCCAUAUUGGAGAUGGCAACGCACACAUUAACGUUGUCACCGAAGAAUACAGCCAAGAAGUGACUGACAUAGUGGAGCCAUUCCUAUUCGAGGAGGUAGCCAAACGGCAGGGCUCCGUGAGCGCCGAGCACGGGAUCGGCUUGAAGAAACCUCAGUACAUGCAUUUCAGCAAAGACGAAUCUGCCAUACAACUGAUGAGAGACUUAAAACAGCUCAUGGACCCAAAUGGAAUCUUAAAUCCAUAUAAAGUGUUACCAGAAAUUAAGUAAAUUUAAUUAUCAUAUUGGUAACUAGAUACUAAAAAUGUUUUACUUACUUCUUAAUUUUAUAUGGUCCAGUUAUUUUUAUCGACUGAGUAUUUUAAUUUAGACGUUUAGGUACUUUGUCCAUGAUCCGGUUUAGUUACAGCAAAAUAAUAUUUUCCAUUGUACAGGAAGAUUAAAUUAUAUUUUUAUAAAA